AUGGCACCCGGCUAUCAACCCUCAGUGGGCAAAGAAGCACUCAAGUCAUCAUACGAACGCAUCUUCUCAACCAUCAAACUCGACAUUGACUUCUCCAUCGAUGAGAUAGUGAUCAUGGACAAGGACUGGGCGUUUGCUAGGACCACGGCUGCUGGGACCAAGCAUUGGUUGUUGAAGGGAUCGCAGGAGAGUCACCAUAAUCAAGAGAUAUUCAUCUGUCAGAAGGUAAACGGUGCAUGGAAGAUCGCAAGAUAUUGUUUCUCAAGUAUGAAACCUCUGUAG